AUGAUUAACACGGUGCCCAUGGUAUCUAUUCUAGAGCAUUCCUUGUGCAUGCAACAUUACCAUGUAGAGAUCCCAGCUGCAGAUGCUUGCAAAAUUUACCAAUCCAACAAAGUGCUGCGAGCUGAUGCUAAUGUCUCGCAGCUAUCCUUGUCGCACUGCCCAUGGGUCGCCUUGCGGGUAAUUGAGGCCGGCGCGAGGCAGUCAUGA